CCCAUCGACCACUAUUGCACAUCCAGUCAUCUGUCUCCCUAUUCAUCUUCUCUCUCUAACACUUGUCGUCAACCACACUCCUAAACAGUUUGUUUGUAAUGAUGACGAUGUUGUAAUAUCAAUAUAUAGAAAAAAUGUUCAAGCAACUACCUCCUAUCAGUCCAGAAUGUUUCAUGUAUCAAGUUCCGAAAUUACACCGCAAGAUGAAUGACGUUGCCUAUACAUCUAAACUCAUUUAAAUUGGCCCUUUUCACCAUGGCCUACAACAAUACAAAGCUGCGGAACAGUAUAAGGUUUAUGCUCUCAAAAGAUACCUAUCUCGACAGUUGCUGAGGCCACGGAUAUUGCUGGAAGAUGGGAGGAAAAAGCUCGUAAUUGCUAUGCAAAUCCCAUUUUGACAUGAAUAGUGAAGAGUUUGUGAAAAUGAUGCUCUUAGAUGGUUGUUUCGUAUUGGAGUUCAUGAACUCAACAAUCUGUCGUAAGAGGUAUUGGGGUCAAAAUGAGGAUGAUUGGAUGGAUGACACACUCCUUUGCGGUCUAUUGUACGAUUUAAAAAGCGACUCAACUAUGUUCGAGAAUCAACUUCCUUUCUUCGUUCGCCAAAAAUUAUUUCGACAAAAUGAACCUCCACCAUCUAUGAACUUUAUGGCUUCGAUGGCACACUUGUUUAUAGCGACAACGGGACGAUAUCAUCUUCAUUGUAGUGAGGUAGACAAUACACAUAAGGUAAGACACUUGGUGGAUUUAUUAAGAUUUUACUACAUCCCCUCCUCGCCUGAUACAGAAGAGUACAAGAAUUAUAAGAAGACAAAAAGAAAUAAAUAUAUUAAUAUACCAACUAUAACCGAGCUUUGUGAGGCUGGUGUUAAGCUACAAAGAGCAGAUGAAACCAACAGUUUGAUGGAUUUCAGCUUUAAAAAUGGGCUUUUGAAAAUUCCACCUUUCAACAUUCAUAUCAACUUCGAAAUACAAAUUCGAAAUUUGAUCGUGUCUGAGAUUCUUCAUGGCGGGAGUGAUCAGAAGUUCAUAUUUUAUUAUCUUGCAUUGUUAGACGACUUGAUUAACACAGAGAAAGACGUGAGUAUACUUGUAAAGAAGAAAAUCAUAACCAACGAAAUUGGUGGCAAUGAUGAACAAAUUUCUGAAUUAAUUAAUAAUCUACGUCUGAAUGCCCCAACCUUUUCACCUAAAUAUUACUACUCUAAUAUGAGCAAAGAUUUAAAUGAAUAUUGCAACAAAUGGUGGCAUCGAUCUAUGGCUCCACUAAGACGUGACUAUUUCAACACUCCAUGGGCUUCCAUCUCCUUUGUUGCAGCUACGGUCUUGCUUCUCCUUACUUUACUUCAAACCCUAUUCUCUGCUCCAUCUAUUUUGCAUUAAUAUAUAAUGUAAUUUAGAUGUAAAAAUAAAAUGAAAAUGAAAAUAAAAAUAAAAAUAUA